UAACACAUGAGAGACAUGUCGUCCACACCGGAGGAGAAGAAGCAGAAGAAGAGACGACACGACGACUCGGAGGCGGACGACGAGACCAAUGAUGACAAACGACCCAAAGAUGAGGACAACAGCGACGAAGACGUGUCCGUAGACUCGGAGGAAGACUCAGAUAUGGACGAAGCGGACGACGAAGAAGAUGACAGCGAUAUCAACAAAGAAUUAAACAUCGAUUUCAGCGCUUAUCAGGCGAUUGACGACGACUUCAAUGGCAUUAAAUCGCUUUUACGUCAGCUUUGGCUCAAAGAAAACAUCGAUGUCUCACAAUUGGCUCAACUUCUUGUCGACCAAAACACCAUCUGUUCUGUGCUUAAGCAAGACGAGGACGAAGAGACCGCCGAUGACAGCGACGCCGAAGAGGAGGAUCUGGAUGUCUAUGGAGUCACUUCUGUCAUACCUCUGGUCUCGUAUGAGGACAAGGAUUGCGUUAAACAAAUCAAAGACAUAUUAAUCGGUUAUACGCCUAAAGAGCGGCAAAUCCACAAACUCUUGACCACGUCUUCGGCCAAAAUCGGUCUAAUAGUGAACGAAAGGUUCGCUAAUUUGCCGCCAAAGAUAUCGCAGCCGUCGUAUCACAA